CGCAUUAAGAACCAAUUGAAGAAGUUUUGUGACCUGAGGAAUUGUGAUCUGUCAAGAUAACCUAUCCUGUCACGUGUGUGAAAGCGUCAAGCUAGCCCCGUCAGUUCUCUACUGACAUCUCAAGCAAUGGCUACUUUCGGAGCCAACAUCCCGGCGCCCCUUUCGUUCGAAGGGGAUGUGGCGGCUAAUUGGAAGAAAUUUCACAAAAACUUCAAGAUUUAUCUUGGGGCUACAGGAAGAGAAAAGUCAGCCGCGGAUGUGGCAGCUAUGAAUGAAGGUGCUAAGAAGGAUUACUAUGACUCAUUAGGCAAGCUCUUACUCAACAUUGCUGGCGAUGAAGCCACUACAGUGUCAUCGUCCUUUGGACUCAACGACGAUGAAGAAUUCAACUAUAUUGAGUUGGUCAAGAAAUUUGAGGAAUACUCAGCCGAAGAUGAUAACGAGACCUAUAUCAGGUUCAUGUUUAAUAGAACUCGUCAGAGAGACGGGGAAACGUUUGAUCAUUUCGUAGCGGAAGCAAGAAAAAGAAUCAAGGCAUGUGGGUAUGGUAACCUAGAAGACAGCCUUCUAAAGGACAGAAUUGUCGAAGGUGUACGUAGCCAGAAAUUACAGCAAACUUUGUUGGCAAUCAAAAACCUUGACUUGAAGACAGCAAUCAGUGAAGGUAGAAGCGCAGAAUCAAGCACAAGGUAUGUCUCAGAGAUUCAGCAAGAACUUGCCUCGACAGUAUCAGUGAAUGCAGUUAGAAACCAUAAACAGUACAAAAGUCAAGAUAAAGGACAGUAUAAAAAUCAAGACAAAGGGUUCAAGAAACCAGACAAGCAGGAGUUUGACUGUACAAGAUGUGGAUACAGCCACACAUAUGGGAAAUGCCCAGCAUAUGGCAAGACCUGUGUAAAGUGCAAAGGGAGAAACCACUUUGCGAAAAUGUGUAAAACUCAAGCAGUGCAUAAUGUACAAGUUGAAGAAAAUGAUCAGAACAACUUGAAUAACUUUGACUAUCAAGUUUUAUUUGCUGAUUCAAUUGGAAUGGAAGUGAUCACUUUGAAUAGUUUAGCAUCCCAAAAAGCUAAACCACCUCAAGAAUACAGGCAAGAAAUAAAAGUGGGAAACAAAAUCAUCAACUUCAAACUUGACCCAGGGUCACCAGCAUCGAUUAUCCCACCUGAAGAACUAGAGGCAUUAAACAUUGAAGAAUCUGCUAUAAUCCCAGCAAACAUCUACAUCAAGCCAUUUGGUCCAGACUCCCCAGUAAUCAAGGCAGUGGGAAGAGUGAAAAUUCUAACUAAAGUUGGAGGAAAAACCAAGCUAGUAAACUACAUCAUAGCACCUGGAGAAGUGCCAUUAUUUGGUAUUGCAGACUGUGAAGAAUUUGGCUUAAUUGUCAGAAAAGUAAUGUCGAUUGACUCAACCGAACAUGCCAUCCAGACCAGUGCUAAGGAAGAAUUCGCCCAGAAGAACAGGGAUGUCUUUGAAGGACUAGGAAAAUUCCCAGGUGAGCACCCAAUUCUGACUAAACCUGAAAGUGAGCAAGUGAUCAGGCCAGCCCUGCGCCGCCCUAAAGUAAUCAAUGACAAAUUAAAAUCAGCGCUAGAAAUGCUAGAGACCAGAGGUGUAAUCAAAAAAGUUGACCAUUUAACACCUGAGUCAUGGGUCAGCAAUAUUGUAAUUGUGACAAAACCAAAUGGGAGCAUUAGAAUCUGUGUUGAUCCGGUGGACUUAAACAAAUCUAUACUCAGAGAGCCUUAUUUAAUUCCCACUGUAGCUGAGAUCAGUGAAAGGCUAAACCACCAAAAGUUCUAUACUCUACUAGACCUAAAAGAUGGUUUUUACCACAUUGAACUUGAUGAAAAAUCAAGCUACAAAUGCUGCUUCUCAACUCCUUUUGGUAUCUUCAGGUUUCUCCGAUGCCCAUUUGGAUUGGCCUCAGCACCUGAGUUGUUCCAAAAACUCAAUGAACAAGUUUUCGGCGGGAUCCCCAACGUGCUCAUCUACUUCGAUGAUGUCCUAGCGUUUGGCAAGACCGAGGAAGAACAUGACAAAGCUGUGGCUGCAGUAAUUCAAAGAGCACCAAGCUUCGACUCGUCCAAGAAAAUUAUUAUCCAAUCGGAUGCCUCUCAGUCAGGAGUUGGCUGCUGCCUCCUACAAGAAGGACAUCCUGUGGCAUUUGCAUCAAGAGCUCUAACUGACAGUGAGAAGAACUAUUCAGUAAGUGAGAAGGAGCUGUUAGCCAUCACUGUUGCAACACAGAAGUUUCACAACUUUAUUUUUGGAUACCCAGUAGAAGUUCAAACUGACCAUUUGCCUUUAGUACCGAUGAUCAACAAAGAAAUUUAUAAAUUAGGAUCAAAGACGCUACAAAGGUUAAGGCUCAAGCUACUAAAAUAUGAACUGCAUCUUGUUCAUGUCCCAGGGAAAAUGAUGUUUAUGUCUGACCUAUUCUCGAGAACAGCAAGGGAAACAAUUGAAGAUGAGUCAACAAUGAUUGAAAUGGUCCACAGUUUGUCAAUGUCGUUACCGAUAAAUGACUCACUACGAUCAGCCUUGGUUGAAGCAACAGCGAGUGACAUAGGCCUCCAAACUGUCAUGAAAUAUUUACGGGAGGGAUGGCCCAAGCAUGCUGAGCAACUGUCUGCGCAAGCAUUCCCGUAUUUUCAAGUGAGGAAUGACAUUUUCUGUGAAGAUAACCUGCUGUACUUCAAUGAUCAAGGGCAGCCAAGAAUCAUAGUUCCAGCAUCUCUCCGAGCGGAAGUACUCAAAUUAGUUCAUGGUCCAGCUCAUUUGGCAACCGACAGAUGCCUUUCAAGAGCGGUUCAAGCAUUCUAUUGGCCUGGUUUAUCCAAUCACAUUCAAGAAUUUAUAAAACGGUGCCAGAUAUGUAAGAAGUUCCUGCCCAUGCCAGCAAAACAUCCAUUGCAUCCUCAUCCAUUGCCAAAUUUAAUGUGGGAAGCAGUAUCAAUGGAUAUUGCCUCAGUGGGUCCAAAAGAUUAUCUUGUCAUGUAUGACAGUUAUAGCAAGUGGCUGGAAAUUUUAAAGCUGCCAAGCAAAAGUGCGUCAGCUGUUGUUGAUGCGUGCAAAAAUGUCUUUGCAAUUCACGGCUUUCCUCAAAAAAUAGUCUGCGACAACAAUCCUUUCAACUCUUUUGAGUUUAAGAGUUUUGCCAAGGAGUGUAAUAGCACAAUAAUAUUUACCAGCCCUCAUCUUCACCACAGCAAUGGAAGAGCUGAGAAAGGUGUCUCAAUCGCCAAAUUAAUUCUAAGAAAAUCAAUUGAAGAAAGGUCUGAUUAUAGAGACUCACUGAGAGAAUACAGAAACACUGAGAUACCAUCAAUGGGUUACUCGCCAGCUCAGCUAAUGUUCUCACGGAAGAUGCGAACCACUCUACCAGUCACCAAUCAGGACCUCAAGCCUGUGGUACCACAGUCAGUUAAAUCAAAGAUGUUAAAUCAACAAAGAAGAACAGAGAAGUGGUAUAACAAGUCUGCCAGAAGGACUGAAUGCAAUUUCCAGCCUGGAGACCCGGUCAUAAUCAACCUGGGAAACAAAGGCGAAACCUGGAAAGAAGGAAAUGUUAUAGAAAAAUGCAAAGAGCCAAGAUCGUUCCUGGUCCAAAUGAAAAAUGGAGGGCAAGUGCGAAGAGCCACGAAUCACAUGAGACCUGACUACCAGCAAUCAGAAAUUCCGUGGGACCCCGUCUACGACAUGAUAAGGAGGAGAAAUGUUCAGAAAAGUCUAGAAAGGUCAGAACAAAUCAACCAAGAAAGAGAGAAGACUGAAACAAACCAAGAAAAAGAUAAGACUGAAACAAACCAAGAAAAAGAUAAGACUGAAACAAACCAAGAAAAAGAUAAGACUGAAACAAACCAAGAAAAAGAUAAGACUGAAAAAACCAAAGAAAAAGAGAAGAGUGAGAAAAUCUAUCAACUUAUUGUACCUGAUUGGAUGUUUAAAGAAAAUUAUGUCACUAGGGCAGGAAGAACUGUUAAACAAACAUCAAGUUUCACGCCCUCAUAGAAAUGUUAAUUGUUCGCUGAUUGUAAAUGCUAAAAUCAUUCAUUUUAUUAAUUGAUCAUUAAUUGUCAUUGCACAUACUUCAAUUUUAACCAAUGUUUAUUGUUGUCUUAAACUCAUAACCCUUUUGAUGGGGAAAUGUUGUAUUAUUAUUAUUGUUCUUGUUCUUUGCCUGCACUGCACUGCCUUGUAUAAAAAUACCAUGAUCACCAGAGCUUUCCUGUAAAC